AUGGCAGUGGAUGGUGUGACAGUGGAGCCAGUUCCGUUACAUGUAGCAUUGAAAAAAUUUCUUUCAUGGCUUGAAUCGUUUGACAAUAUUUACAUUAUUGCCCAUAAUGGAAGGCGAUUUGACUUUAUAGUAUUGACAGCAGCAUAUAAAGUUUGUGGAUUGCUACCAAAUUUCUUGUCGGCUAUUACAGGGUUAGUAGAUUCUUUACCUGUGUUCAAACAUGUGUAUCCAAAUAGAACUUCAUACAAACAAGAGGAUCCAGCCCGUGAUCUUUUGUGCAAGGGCUACAAUGCACAUAAUGCAGAAGCUGACGUAAAAUGUUUAUCGGAGCUUGUGUCCCUGAUGGUGUCAACGCAAAAUGAUUGUAUGAUUGUAAAAAGUUUUCCUCCGAUUGAUAUUAAAUUCAAUAUGGACUGUCAUAAAGAAAAAAAGAAAAAUUUUCCAACUCUCAAAGUACUUAUUGCAGCUGGGGUGAUGAAGAAUGCAACUGCUGACAAUAUUGCAAGUUCCGGUCUGAACUUUGAACACUUAAAAACAAUAUUCAGGAGAAAAGGAGAAGAUGGACUGUUAAAUGUUUUUACUGCAAAAAAUAGUGAAGGCCAACCUCGAGUAACCAACGCAAAGAGGACUCUAGAGUCUGUGGUGCCUAAACUUGCAGCUUACUUUGAAAAAAAUUGUUAA